GUCCGCUGCAUAUAAUAAUUUCGCUGGACUAACUAAAUGAGAAUAUUUAACUAAAGUCCGGCCUAAAUUGAACUAAAGCUUAUGCUGAUUAGCCGGCAGCUAGUUGACUGUCGUGUGUGAGAUAAAAAUCGACAAAUGGUCAUAAACCCGGCAACUGUGCGUGAAAAAAGUGAAAAGUGCUGUUAACGCAGCGAGUAGCGUGUGCGUGUAAAUGUCGCAGCAUUGCUUCCCCGAUAUGAUAAUGAAAGAUGCACGAAUAUGACGUAAAUGAGCGCAAAGAGGAACCAGCCAGUCUUCCACCCACUCAAAUCGAGACCAGUGAUACGGUCAGCAACAUCCAGGGUAAUCAGCAGCAGGAUCAACCAAAAGAAGAGCAGGACCAGCAGGUUUCACAGGAAAAUAUCAUCCAGCAUCUGCAGGAUCUGCCAAAUAAGGAGCACGAGCAAUUAAAUUUACAGCCAGAUCAACCGGAUCAACAGCAGCAAGCACACAUCUUCGAAGUAUCUAUCCUUUAUCCUUUGGUAGUCUGCGGUCAGGUCGCACCCAGUCAGACUAUUCUGAUUGCGGACCCGUCGAAGAGUUCACCUGUUAAAAAGCGACAGCGUCGUGUUUAUGUCGCCGACACUUCACGCUGCUCCAGUCUACGUUCCCGUCAAGAAUCCGCGACCAAGGAUCCACUCGAAGUUGGCCUAAAGCAGCCAGAAGUCGCUCCACCACCAGCGCUUGUUCAGGCACCUUCGCCUACGCCCACAGAAUAUACUGAAUACACUCCACCAGAACUUUUUAGUCCGGAGUUUUGGAAUCGCGUUGAGGAGGCGCAGGAGACAAAGCCAGCUGGGAAAAAGCGACGCGUUGCGGGAGGACCCAAACGAACUAGGGGUAACAAACUUCUAAGAGAGAUCGAGAUCCAUUCGCCGGAAACGGCGGCCGCAAUUGCGGCAGCGCAGGCUGAACUCAACGCCGCAGGAAAGUCGGGAGCAACAGGAACGCGGUCCAGCCGCAAAAGGACCAAUACCAAUACGAUGUCACUGUACGAUCGUCGAUUUCAGGCAACCACCGAUGAGCGUCGUGUGGCGAACGGAUAUGGAGGCAACGGUGCCCGAUCAGGCACUGGAUCCUCAUCUAACGACAUCGAGUCUCAGGAGCUGCAGAGCCAUCAGUAUUACGGGCCCAAUGGAGGUAGCAUAACGUCGGGAGCGGGCGCGCCUUUGAAUGGAAGUGCGUCGGCCCUGAACCACGCUCCUUCGAUGGGAACGCUUUGCAACAUUGGCAAUAGUUGCUACUUGAAUUCGGUGGUAUACACCCUGCGCUUUGCGCCGCACUUUUUGCACAGUCUGCAUCACCUGAUACAGGACCUGAACGUGGUGCAGCAGACCAUCGUUCGCCAGCAAACGGCCAGGUCGGCGUCACUUGGUCGGAAUGUGAGUGCCGCUCAGUUGGAGAAUGCUCGCAGCUGGAGCAGCAAGGAUCUAGCCACCAGUACGGAUCAAUACAGCAGCCUCAAUGGAGGAGUUAAUAGCGGAAGCAGUGGCAGCGGUUCCAGCAAGUCAACUCAUCAGUCGGUAACCGAAAAAUUACAUGAACUGUAUAACAACCUGCACGGCAAUGAGAUGGCUGACUCCACGGAGCCCUAUCAUGCCGAUACGCUGCUGCAUGCCAUCCAGGAUGUGAAUGCCACUUUUGAAGGCAACCAGCAGCAGGAUGCUCAUGAGUUUCUUAUGUGCGUGCUUAACUGCAUCCGCGAAACUAAUCAGUCGCUGAUCAAGGCCAUCGGCGAAUGCCCCGAAGUCAUUGCCAAUGGCUAUAUAGCUAACCCAGAUGAAGUCGAUACCGGUGAGUCCCAGGAUCGCACAGAUUCCGCUGCGUCACAAAACCUGAGCUCCGGAAAUGGAUCGCUGGCAACUAGUCAAAUAACCACGACUAAAACGUCGUUUUUCUCCCGCAAAUCAAAAAGAAAAGACGAGGUCAAGUCAUCAAAGUCGACGCGCGUUCAGUCGCCGCUCAAGGACAAUAGUCCCACGGCGGGCGGGAUAAGCGGAGCGGGCACUGCCCACGCCACCGCCAACAGCCUGUUCUAUCUAAACACAGUUGAUCUCAGUGGUGGCAGUGCCAGCGGAAGUGGAAGUGGCACUGGCAGCAGCGCUGUUCCCACAAGUGUUGCAUUGCCGACAUUACCAGCACCACAGACCACAAAGUGCUCCAGCGAUGACGAAACGAAUUCGGCCACCAUGCUGAAAGACAAAAUGCGUCUGGAGGAGCGAAUACGCGAGUUGAACCUGAAUUUCUUCAGUUCCGACUUCGAGGGCAUUGUGGUGCUGACAACAAAGUGCCUCAGCUGUGAGACGAUCACGAGGCAAAAGCAGGGCAUGCUCGAUAUUUCUGUGCCUGUUCCCAUUUCAGGAUAUGACAAUUCCGAUCUCCAGGACAAACCUAGCACCUAUAUUCAGAAUUCGUGUAUCACGAAGGAGUAUUUUCGCGGGGAGAACAAGUACAGCUGUAACCAGUGCACGGGCUACACCGAGGCCAUAAGGUCCAUCUCGUACGAGGUGCUGCCCCGCCUACUGGUCAUUCAGCUGAACCGCUUUUCAGGUGGCAUGGAGAAGGUGAGUACGUACGUGCCCACUACCUUCACUCUGCCCUGCUUUUGCGCCACCUGUUGUGAGCUGGGCGAAGGCAACAAGCUCCACGUUUAUAAGCUGUACAGCGUGAUCACCCAUGUCGGAGCCACUCUGACUGUUGGCCACUACAUCGCCUAUACGUGCUUCUUGGAUCUGGCCAGUGACUAUGUUAAUUGUCCGAAGGAUAGAAGAAAUACAAUGACGGGCUCGCAAACGAUGUCUUCGCAAGCGGUGUCCUCCAAUGAAAACACAGCUCCAAGCAAUGGAAGCAGCUCCGUGGCCAGUACCCCAGUGAUUGCAGCAGCCUCGGCAUUGGCCUCCUCAGGUAACAUUUUGAUGAAGAAGAUGAAGUUCGGGCGCAGUAAGGCCUCCAGCAGUGGUGAUAUGAGCAAGAAUGUUAAGCAGGUGAAUGGGACCAGCAGCAAGAACAUCACCAAUGGAAUCGGAAAACUGAGCAUGAACACCACUUGUCAGGGGGUCAACUGCUGUGCCAUGCGUCUCUGUUGUAACCAGCAGACGAGCAGCAGCAAUUCGGCCAGUUGCAGCGAUUUUAGCGAGGAAUCCCUGCAAAAUGGAAGCAACAGCAAUCUCAGUUUUGGUGCACCGGGCACUACAUAUCCGACGGGUUACGGUAGCACGGGACGCGGAGGUGUCAGAGCCAACUACGCCCACGGAGGCACAGAUCCCAUUUGGUACAUGUGCGACGAUGAUAAGAUCAAAGCCAUGACCCAAAGGGAGUUUGAGGAGCUUCUAUCACCCACUCGAAAGAUUACAAUAACGCCCUACUUGCUCUUCUACGCACGAUUCGAUCUUCAGCCGCAAAAGGCCACUCCGCCAAAGCCAGGAACAUCCUCAACGCCUCCACCAGCAUCGACAGCCCAGAGCUCUUGGGCGAACGACAACGUGGCCAGCGGAUCGCACAAGAUAUGAGGCAGUGUCGUAUCCCAGAAAUCCAGUGGAAAGUAGGAAAAGUGAAUGUGGAUUGACAUCGGCAUACUGAUCAGAUUGGAGAUGUCUCUAGCCUAGAAUAAUAAGCAAAAGAAGAAGUCUGUUUGUUAAACAAUGUAAUCGUACUAAGCUCUAUCGUUUAUCUACAUGCAUAACUAUUCAUUAACUAACCAGUGGUUUGACUGAGGCCUCAAUUCCAAAUGCCCCAAGGCUCCCUCUCCCCAUAUCCGAAGAUCAUAUAACUAUUGUUUUUACUAGUAGCAAUCAGUUCAUUCUGUUCAAUCGAUGCAUUUGAUUUAGCAUUAUAUUAUAGUAUUCUUAUCGUUAUUAAAUAAACAUACCGAACGCGUCACAUUGAGAACACGAA